AAGGCGGAGCGGUGUCCGUUACACCCCCUGACCCCUGACGGUCCCGAACCCUGGCCCUUCCGCGCGUAGCUGUCUGCUUGUCCCUGUCAGACUGACUGUCAGCCUCUGCCUAUCCCUGUCUGACUGUGCUCAGCCCACCAUUGUUUACCUGACUGACUCUCUAUGUCUCUGCCUGUCCCCCUCUGACUGACUCUCUAUGUCUCUGCUUGUCCCUGCCUGACUGUUUCUAUCCGCCUCUGCCUGUCCCUGUCUGAAUGACUCCAAAUCUGUUAGUCCCCAAUUGAUUCUGCCUGUCCCUGUGCGACUGUAUCCAUCUCUGUUAGUCCCUGAUUGAUUCUCCCUGUCCCUGUCUGACUGACUAUAUCCAUCUCUGUUAGUCCCUAACUGAUUCUGCCUGUCACUGUCUGACUGAAUCUAUCCAUCUCUGCAAUUCCUACCUGACUGACUCAUUCUGAACAUUUGUCUCAGUCUGACUUGCUGUAUAGGUGAUGGAUGCUGGUGACAUGGAAUCUAGCGAGGACCUGUGGGAGCGGAUUUGUGCUGGACUGGCAGCUCAGACGAGUGAUGGAAAUGAAACUGAAGCCCCGAUCGGAAGCUCCCAGCCAGCAUUUUUCUCAGAAAUAUUCGACCCUAUUCCUGGGAAGGUGCUAAAUGUGGACUCAAUCAACAACAACGAAGAUCAGACAAGUGUCACUCCUUGGACUCCACUGGCAGAUUCACAGCAAUAUUUAGCAGUAUUGGAAAAUCGCCUGCGAAAAUUGAAGGGUCUGAAUGAAGAACCAAGUUCAAAAGAGAUGCUGCUUAGUCUAUCACAGACAAAAAAGGAAUGUUGGGAUCGUUUUCUGCAUGACCAGUAUGGCUCCAAUUUGUACAGCAAUGAAUACGAGAUGGACCAGAGUGCCAUUGACCACUUCAAGCGUUGGCUGCAACCAGAAAGAGUUCCAGUUAGUACAGAGGAAGUUCAGUACCUGAUCAACCCUGAAGGACAAUCUGCUAACCAAGAGGAACCAAAGAGUGAAAGUUGUGAUCAGUGAUGACUCACACCACCCAUGCCCUUGCCCGUGUCUUACUGAAACAUCCAGCUGGCCAAACGGAGGCCAAUGCUGUCACCAAACACUGAGUUAUCGAGCUGCUUUAACAUUCAAUGGGGAAAGGGGAAACACCUAACCUUGAUGAUGCUAACUGCUGAAUUCAGUCCCUUCAUAUUGGCUUAUGUAUUUUCUAGAAAUAGAGGGACAGUGCAAAUGUUCUCAGGACUUCUCCCACUCCAUUGUAAUUGAUAGCAAUCGACUUGUAUGAAGUGACAUUCCAGCAAUGCUCUGUCUGUAGAGCAGGAAAGGAAGAGAUAGAGUUCCUGAGAAGGAGCUCACCAAUCAGUAACUUGAUUUGUGCACCCUCCAGUGCAUUAAUGGACCUGUUCAGUGGAGAAUUAUGGACUGAUGUUUGUCAAGAGGUUUGCACCCAAGGACAUCUCAUUGUGCAACUCACCAGUGACAGUAUUUAUUCAUUGGCACAUCUUCUCUCUGCUCCUCAUUAACAAUGUCCAAAUUGUGACAAGUUUGAAACAGAGACCAACAGCCAGGUUUUCAACACAUCAAAACUCUCACCUGUCUUUGCAACUAGAUUUCUGAUUAAUCCCAGUCUCCCUAAGACAGAUUUAUUGUUUUUACUAUUGCAACCUAUCUGUGUAAAUGAGGGUACAAACACUUAAAGGGGACAGUUCUAAGCUGUUACAACUAUGAGAGGAGGAAUGUGCUGAUAAUCAAGCCCCACUACUGCAUCAGUUGCCCAUUAGUAUAAAUCUGUUGGUUCAUUCACUGAAAUGUCCACUUGUUUCUCUCUUGUACUGCUACCUACAAUAAAAAGAGCCUU